AUGGAGCUGUGCGGUCGUCAGAAAGUUGUCCGGCGCAAGAUGGUGCUUCUCGGUGACGGUGCUUGCGGGAAGACUUCCGCCCUGAACGUGUUCACUCGAGGAUAUUUCCCGACUGUCUACGAGCCUACGGUUUUCGAGAACUAUGUCCACGAUAUCUUCGUCGAUAACGUACACAUGGAACUGUCGCUGUGGGAUACGGCCGGACAGGAAGAAUUUGACCGAUUGCGCGCGCUCUCGUACGAGGACACACAUGUGAUCAUGCUUUGCUUCAGCGUCGACAGCCCCGACUCGUUCGAAAACGUCGCCAGCAAAUGGAUCGACGAGAUCUCCGAGAACUGCCCGAACGUGAAGCUCGUCCUGACGGCGCUAAAGUGUGACCUGCGCAAGGACGAGUUCGAGAAUGCCAACCCCAACGCGAUCACCUACGAACAGGGGCUGGCGAAGGCGAAGGAGAUUGGCGCCGUGAAAUACCUGGAAUGCUCCGCGGUCCAGAACCGCGGCAUAAUGGAGACCUUUUAUGAAGCGGCCAAGGUCGCGCUGGAAGUGAAGACCCAAGGAUCGAACGGCUCCGGCGAGCGGUGCGUCAUCCUCUAG